AUCAUCGGCGUGUCUUCAGCUAUAUGAUAUAUUUAGACAUCCUCCUUGACUUAAUAGGUCCUUACCAAGCCCUUGUUCUUCAGAGUGACUCGAAGACGAGUAUGAUUUUAACGCCCCAAUCAACGGAGCUGUAUCGAUACCAACCAUUGUUCUUCGUUCUCUAUUUUACAGCAGCUCUUGUGCCCCAGCAACUUUUCGAUCCCCAUCUCAUCGCAUCUACGGUCUUUGAGCUCAGCUUGUGCUAUUGGGUUCAACGAACGUACUUGUCAGCGGGUGAUCUGAUCUGAUCGGCUAGCGUCGGAGCAACCGUCUUCUCAGAAUCUGAGCAAGAUCUUGACAAGUAGAAGAGCACAUUCUAGCUAUAACGGGUGCCAUCAUUCUGGAACACUAAACCUUCAUAUGCCGUAAAAGCAAAGUUACAGGGAAAAUUGGAUGUCAGAGCAUCACGCCAACACAUAAGACACAAGCUCGAGGACAAAAUGUGUUCAUCUUCUAGGCCAUGUUUACAGAUACAACAGA